AUGGCGAUGCCAAUCGAUGUAAGCACCUCUGGCCCGAAAGGACGCUACGACCCGAGCCCGGUUGAGAUUGUGCGCGGUGAAUCACUUUGGUCGCCACAUCACACUGCCUCGACGCAUCUCAUCAGUUCUGCUUCCGAGCCAAUUGAUCCCGUCUAUCGACCAAUUACCAGUCCUCCAAGGACAAUCGCUGAGAGGUUUGAAGAUUUACUAGAACGCAUGAAGAAGACUUGCGGCUGGUGUCGAGAUGUGCCUGGUCCCCUCCUACUUCUCUUCUUCUUGGUCUUUUUGGGAAUCAUCAUCACUGCGGCAAUUCUCAUCCUCAUCUUUGCGCUGCCAGGAACACAAACAUUACCAUUGGUUCUCGGAGGCUCUGAAGCUGAAAUGGUUAUCUCGGAUAUCACAUGGCCUCUCCUCGCUGAAAAGAAUGAUGACACGCUUGUUGAGUUUUCGACAACUAAUGUGGACAAAUGUCCAGGCUUUGGUUUCUCGUGCAUGUCUCGACCGGAUGAAUUUGUUGGCAAAAGUCAACGUUGUGAUGGCGUGCCUGACUGUGGAGAUAGCUCGGACGAGAAAUUCUGUGCAAGUUGCAUCACAAACUACGCGUGCCCACCGCGCCCGGAUCAACAACGCUCAAAAGCCGCUUUGCAAAGGAUUUGUUUGACGCCGGAAUCGAUUUGUGACGGAGUAAACCAUUGUCCAGAUGGUUGGGACGAAAGCAACUUUUGCAAGAAAACAUGCAUGGAAACCGAAUUCGUGUGUCCCGGCUCCAACAACAGAGGUCUGCAGAAAUGCCUUCCCAUGAAUGUCAGAUGCGACGGUGUCAAGGAUUGUUCAAAUGGACACGACGAAGAAGGAUGCACUGAAUGCGCCAAGGGAGCUAUGUUUUGCGAAGCAGAUGAAAAAUGCAUAGCAAGUGCCCAACGCUGUGACGGAAAGAUAGAUUGUUCCGAUGGAUCCGAUGAAAAGGGUUGUGAUUGUGUAGCAUGCUCGGGAAGCGGCAGAGUGCUUUGUCAAGACAAAGAGGGAACUUGCAUUAUGGCAUCACAAAUCUGUGAUGGUGUAGCCGACUGCGCUGAUGGAAUCGACGAGCUCCGAUGCAUCAACGGGAAAUCGAAUUUUACUAUUGAGCCU